CCGCGGUGGGAAGCCAGCGACUAACCACUUGAGCUAUGGCGCGGCCAUUAGUGCUUGUACUUAGUUAUUUUAUUGUGAUAUAGUAGUACUGAGGUUAUGUGGCACCAACUGAGAUAUGGUGAAAUGAUGAAAGGGAAGGAGGAGAAAGGGACUGUGGUUUAUUCAAAGGUACCAUUCUUGUAUCUGGUUGGUGAAACCAAACAAAACUGCACAAAAUCUCAUCUAGGACACCCAAUACUCAAACUUCAUAAUUUCAUCUGCUGUUAGGUAAAUUAACCCAAAUGGAAUGAACUGUGUAAAAUUGAAAAGUAGACCAACACAGGUCAGCCUAGGAAAGCACUAUAGGCAUACAAGCUUAAAAAAAAAUAAUGUGUUUUAGAUCUGUUACUGCUACUGUCAACUUGAAGCACAAAAGAAAACAAUAGCACACACAGUCUGAUGAAUAUAACAAAAUACAGUAAAGAGAAAUGAGCUACACCAUAAUUAUGUAAUCUGAUAGUUACUGGGCCAGAGUCCACAUGCUGAACAGGAAGGGCCAGACUCAAUAUGUUAUCAAAAGAGCACAACAGUGUAAAAAAUUAUUAUCCAGUUAAGCUACACAUUACAAAUUGUUAAAUAUUCAACAUAUAACAAGUAAGCACCUUUACAUUUGCUCUGUGAAACAGAGUUCUUCUUUUUAGAAACUAACAAUCACUAAACAAGUCAAAUUUCCCCACUUUUUACUGAACUCAAGGCUUCAUUACUGUGUUCACAAGAGCCUGAGACUGGGUUCUAUCCUGAGCAGACCCAGUCCACAUUCUAAAAUCCUGUUUCUUUCCACUCAUUUUUUAAUAUAAAUUAUUUUUAUGCAAACAAUAUUAGACAGGCCAGGAUGCUGUUAUAGGCCUUGUGAGAACUGGAACAGAAUGGGGUGUGAAUGUAGGUUUUUUCAGUAGCAGUAAUGAACUGUCAAGUUUUGUAAUAUUUUAAAGAGAGGUGUCUGAAAUAAUACUGUAUAUUUCUUUCUAGGAUUCUGAACGAAUAGAACCACAACUUUUUGCCUUCUUGGUUGAAACAUUCAAAUUAUACAUGUUACAUAUACAGUGCAAAUUAUAAAUUAAACACUGACUUAUCCUGACUGGCCUGUAUUAGAAUUUGAUUAUCUGCAUAGAGUAACAGCAUUUAGGCUCUGUCCUUGCCUUAUUCUAACUUCCGGGUCAAUUUAGUAUUUUCAUUCUCUCAAAAAGGCCAUCAAGACAGUGAAAUUUGUAUACUUACAUAUUUAUAAACAUAUCUAAUAUUAGUAAGGCAGUAAUAAAAUGUCCAAAUUCUCACUACUGAGAACCUUACACCACUGGUGAUGCUUUUACAAAUUUUUAUGAUAGGUUAUAACAGGUUACAUUCAGAUUCUUCAACUUAAGUCAUUAUGAAAUUAUGUUCUGGAUGCAGUAAUGUACAGAGCUUUUGUUCAGGUGUAUGGGAAGUGCCGCUUAAUGCUCACUACGUAGAAACAUACGAAGGUGGACACUGCCCCUAUCUAGACCAGUGUGUCCUUCAUAACCAUGAUCCUGAUGAAGUAUUUGAGUGGCUGCGUGAGGACUUCAAUCGCUACUACCUACAGAACAGAGCUCCUUACAUGAUGCCAUUCCAUACGAACUGGUUCCAAAUUAAAGAGCUGGAACGAGGCUUGCACAAGUUUCUCGAUUGGACCGAAACACUGCCAGAUGUAUGGUUUGUAACCAUCACACAAGCACUGGUGUGGAUGACAGACCCACGGCCAGCUAAGAAUAUCAACACUUUUGACCCGUGGAACUGUGCCAAGAGACAAAAUAUCCCACCUCCCCCCUGCAAUCUGCCUAACAGCUGUGCUCUGACAUUCAGACCCCCAGAAGCUAACGUUUCAUCCACAAGGUACCUCGUGACUUGUCGUGAAUGUCCAGUUCGUUAUCCAUGGCUGGGAGAUUCUGGAGGAACUGGAGUGGAUGGAACUGAUGCCUACAUUCCUGAAAACUAAGUAAUAUUGCCCUCAUGCAAAGCCUGUGCUACAUGGGAUGUCUCCACACAGGGUCUUUACUCAAUCUGGAUAAAACAUUAAGAGGCUUAGAGGUUGCUGCUACAAUGGAUGACGACAGUGCCUCUUUCAAAACAUAGCAUUCUGUGGCAGAAGCAAUAGAACUUGGCCAGAAGCAGAGAAAAAUCUCACUUAAAAUUCUGAUUAUUUUUUCUUGUAUAUUCGAAUUUACUUCACAGGUUGAGAAUGUUUCUUGUACAGAUUAAGUAUUCGUCCUUAUUAAAAACAAAGAAAGAAAA